AGAUUACAGUACUUCUCAAACAAUCUUUCAAGAUGCAAUUCACCACCUUCGUCGCCCUUUUCGCCUCUCUGGCCGUUGCCGCGCCUGCUUCUGAGGUCGUCGAGCGUGAUGGCAUCAACGGGCCUUGCUCUGCCGGUGUCACCAACAACAUCCCCCAGUGCUGCGGUGCUGGUGUCCUCGACCUUCUCUACCUGGACUGCGAGACUCCUCGAACGGUUUCCUCUGCCCUCAACCCAUUGAGAAACAUCUGCGCCACGGUCGGUCUCCAGGCCAAGUGCUGCACCCUUGGCAUUGCUGGUCUCGGUGUUUUGUGCCAGGAUGCUCUUCCCCUGUAAAUUACUCUCGCUGGUCCACCGCCUUCAUCAGGCCGCUCCUGUGACUGGACCGUAACUUGAGGAAGCUUGCGUACAAUGACAUUGGCGAUGGAUUAUUAGGAGGGCAAUUUGUUUUUAAUGGACAAGGAGAUGGACUGGACCCGGAUGUACCCUUAAAACCGGUUGGUAGUGAGUGUUUAGUUAAUAUAUGCUUAUCCAGCC